AAGUAAAUUGACUAAAACAGUCCAUUUUAAUUUUGAAAAUUUUAAUUUUUGAUUUUAAUUUUUUAAAAUUUUAAACAAUAUCUUCAAAACCCGACACUUAAACUAUAAACUCUAAAGUUAAAUUAGUUAAUCCUAAAGUAUAAAUGUAUUUUUAUUUUUAAUAAAAAAAAUUGAUCAUUUAAAAAAUAAAUUAUUUUAGUGAAAAUAAACUAAAAAGGUUAUGCUAUGAAAUUUAUCUUUUCCGAACCUACCAUGGACUAAAAGAAACAUUACAAUGUUCUGCAAUCAAUCGAUUAGUGCACAAAAAAAAAAUAGUAUUAACUUAUUGACGCAGAAGAAGAAGAAUGAAAAAGAAAACAUUUUCUAUCUUACAUAAAAAACAAAUAUGGGGAAAUCCCCAGCGUUAAUGAUCAUCCUCGCUUCUUCUCUUCUUUUUCAUCAGACCCUCGAAGCUGUUAACGGCGCCCGGUGUUUUGGAAGCUUAGACAGCAACAGCAGCUACGCACAGAAUCGCCGUGAUCUUUUCUCUACUCUUGCUAAUGAUGUCGUCACUAACGGCGGAUUCUACAACGCUUCACUCGGCCAAUAUCCCAACACAGUUUACGCUCUUGGCUUCUGCGAAAAAUACUACGAGCAAAAAGCUUGUCUCCGUUGUCUCGAAAGCUUGGCUCUGGAUACAGAAACGAGUUGUGGAAACAUCACGAAAUCCUUCGUUUGGAGCAGUGACGAUGAAGACCGUUUUUGGUGUCUUGUACGUUCCUCAAACCAACCUUUUGGGAAUUUGGAGCUUAUACCUCCUUUAAUAGAGGCAGAUCCAGAUCAUAUUGAGCCAUCUAAAGACAUGACACUUUUCAUGCAACAGUGGGAAUCAGCGGUUAAUAAGACCCUCGAGACUGCCACACAAGCUAAUACUUCCUCGGUACAUAAGUACUAUAGUGCCAUACACGCCCAUUUCACAGAGUUUCCGAAUGUUAACAUGGCGAUGCAAUGCACACCCGACAUAACUUCCCAAGAUUGCAAGCAAUGUUUGGGGGAUUGUGUGGAGUACUUUAGAGAACAGUUUAGGGGAAGAGCAGGGGGCAUGGCUAGUUUUCCGAGCUGUUUAUUCAGAUGGGAUAACGUUACAAGUAUGCCUGCACUUCCUCGACCUCCGGCUCAAGAAAAGCGGCCGAGCUCUAUACCAGAAAAGAAAGGAAGAAGCAUGCAUAGGGGAAUUAUCACGAUAAUUGUGGUUCUCACUUUCAUUACUCUUUUGGUAUUUAUUGGUUUCUACAAAGUAAGAGCUCGGAAGAGAAAAUUAAACAAGGGAAUAAAUCUUGGUUGUGCAGAAUACUCUAAUUCAGAUGGUCAAUUUAUGUUACUGUUCAAUCUUGAUAUGAUCUCAAUGGCAACGGCUGAUUUUUCGCCUGAAAAUAAGCUUGGCCAAGGUGGUUUUGGUACGGUCUAUAAGGGUAUAUUACUAAACGGGAUAGAGAUAGCGGUGAAGAGAUUAACCAGAGGUUCAGAAGGAGGUAUAGAGUUUAGGAAUGAGGUUUCAAUCUUGACAAGAGUCCAGCAUAAGAAUCUUGUUAAGCUUCUUGGUUUCUGUAAUGAAGGAGAUGAAAAGAUUCUUGUCUAUGAGUUUGUCCCCAACUCAAGUCUUGACCGCUUUAUCUUCGAUGAAGAGAAGCGCUCGCUUCUUACAUGGGAAGUGAGGUUUAAAAUUAUAGAAGGAAUUGCUCGAGGUCUUGUUUAUCUCCAUGAAGAUUCUCAGCUGAAGAUUAUUCACCGAGACUUGAAGGCAGGCAACAUCCUUUUAGAUGCAGAGAUGAACCCUAAAGUUGCCGAUUUUGGAACAGCUAGGCUGUUUGACACUGAUGAGACUCGAGAUGAAACUAAACGAAUCGCUGGAACCCGUGGAUAUAUGGCUCCUGAAUACCUGAAUUAUGGACAAAUCUCAGCUAAAUCUGAUGUAUAUAGCUUCGGUGUUGUGCUUCUAGAGAUGAUAAGUGGUCAAAGAAAUAAUAGCUUUGAAGGAGAAGGAAUUGCAGCUUUUGCACGGAAGAGAUGGGCUGAAGGAAGGCCUGAGGUUAUAAUUGAUCCUUUAUUGAUAGAGAAUCCGAGUAACGAGAUCAUAAAGUUGAUCCACAUUGGUCUGUUGUGUGCUCAACAGAAUGCAACAAAAAGACCAACCAUGAGCACUGUAAUAGUUUGGCUUGGUAGUCAUUCCCAAUCUGAAGAUGAUACAAUGUCAAUGAGCAAUGUCUUCACGGAGUUGAGUUGUCGUUGAGUUAAAAUUGUUAAUCUAGGUGUUGUUUUCAACGUAGUACCAAAUUUUCUAACUGUACUCAAUUAAGAAAGAAAGUAGCAAAAAUUAU